GGAGGAGGAGGAGGAGGAGGAGGGAGCUCACAGCGGCAGGUUUCAGCUUUCAGCGCAUACCACACUAAUAGCACCCAAGUACACUAAAACACGGGCUAAACGGCCGACCGGGACCUAAGUGGACUACAUAUGAAACUUAAGCGGACCUCUUCGGGUUUUUCCGGCGGCUCUCGCGUGAGCGGAUCGUGAGGAUUUUUGCCUUGUGGACGUGGGAAUGCUCCAUCCUGUUUUCCGCGGUAUGUGGACCGGGGAGCGACCAUGCUAUUAGGGAGGUGAUACAGGGUGAAGCUGGCCGGUCUGCUCCAGCUCCGAGAGCAUCGAGGAGACGGAUAGAGAGAGAUCCACUUCCUGGAACGGAGCCUCCGACCCGCUGACAAGCAGAACCGGAAUGAUAUCUUGAUCCUUUUUCCUGAAAGUAACAGCGUUGGAGAUGAGUGAGGGGGUAUAAUGGCCAAGAACAAGGAUGCACGCCCCCCAUCGUUUGCCGUCAGCGUGGUUGGCCUCUCGGGGACAGAAAAAGAGAAGGGCAACUGCGGUGUGGGCAAGUCCUGCCUGUGUAACCGCUAUGUGCGCCCUAACGCGGACAGUUACCACUCCGAGCACACCUCAGUGCUCAGCACAAUAGACUUUGGGGGGCGUGUUGUCAACAAUGACCACUUUCUGUACUGGGGGGAGGUGUCCCAUCGAGUGGACGAGGGUUUGGAGUACAAAAUCCACAUCAUUGAGCAAACGGAGUUCAUAGAUGACCAGACGUUUCUUCCACAUCGGAGUACAAACCUGCAGCCGUACACCAAACGAGCCGCAGCAACAAAGCUUCAGUCGGCAGAGAAGCUGAUGUACAUCUGCACUGACCAGCUGGGCCUGGAACAGGACUUUGACCAGAAGCAGAUGCCUGAUGGGAAACUGAACAUCGAUGGCUUUGUCCUCUGUGUUGACGUCAGCAAGGGCUGCAAUCGGAAGUUUGAUGACCAAAUGAAGUUUGUUAACAGCCUCUACUCUCAGAUUGUAAAGUCAAAGAAACCCAUUGUUGUCGCUGCCACUAAAUGUGACGAGUGUGUGGACCAGCAUCUGAGGGACCUGCAGGCUUUUGUUGCCAACAAGAAGAAUGUAAUGCUCAUUGAAACGUCAGCCCGAUGCAAUGUCAACAUAGAGCUCUGUUUCAGUGCACUUACUCAGCAGCUUGAUAAAACUAGAGGAAAGCCAAAAACUGUGCCAUACUUGGAGGCCUACAAGGUCCAGCGACAGUUAGUGGCCUCAGUAACAGACAAAUUUGAAAAGAUGAUAACAAACACAGUGAGAGAUUAUCACGCCACCUGGAAAACUGUGACAAGUCUUCUGAAAGGGCAAAUAGACUAUCAGGAGUUCAUCACCUUGGAGGGCUCCAGGAAAGCACACAACAUGUUCACAAAGCACAUUGCACAACUGAGGCAGGAACACAUUAGAAAGAGGAGGGAGGAAUACCUGACAACACUGCCAAAAACCCUCAACAACCUCUUCAAUAACCUGGAAGAGGUUGAACAACUCUCGUGGCACGAGGCGCAGAGCGUAAUCCGCAACCGCUCUGACUUCCAGUGCUGGUUCGUCUUACUGGAGCAGACUCCGUGGGAUGAGACGGACCACGUUGACAGCAGCGACCGCCGGAUACCCUUUGACCUCCUCAACACAUUUGAUGCAGAGAGGAUUUACCAUAACCAUGUCCAGCACCUAGUGUCUGAGAAAAGACGGAUGGAUAUGAACGAACGGUUCAAAAAGACACUAGAAAGGGUUCACUUCAUCACCCCCGGACAGGCUUGGGAGGAAGUCAUGUGCUUUGUCAUGGAGGAUGAGGCAUACAAGUACAUCACAGAAUCAGAUAGGAGAGAUAUUUACUGUCGACACCAACAGGAAAUAGUUGAAAGGGCCAAAGAGGAUUUUCAGGAAAUGCUUUUCGAGCACGCUGAGCUGUUUUACGAUUUGGACCUGAAUGCAACCCCGAGCUGCGACAAGAUGACAGAAAUUCAUAGUGUGCUGAGUGAGGAGCCCAGAUACAGAGCCCUGCAGAAGUUGGCCCCAGACAGAGAGUCUCUUCUUCUCAAACACAUUGGGUUCGUGUACCACCCCACAAAGGAGACAUGCCUGAGUGGGCAGAACUGUGUAGACAUUAAAGUGGAGCAGGUUUUGAUGAACAGGCUGGUGCAGCUCGACCACGGGCGCUCAAAUUUCUACUACAGCAGCGCCAGCAUUGACAAGAUUAACCUCUGCCUCCUGGGUAAAGAGGGUCUGUCCCAGGAACUGGCCAAUGAGAUCAGGGCUCAGUCCACAGAUGACGAAUACACCCUUGACGGCAAAAUUUACGAACUGGAGCUGCUUUCUGUGGACGUCAACUCCACGCUGCUUUUCAGCCAUACGUGGUUAGCUACUUUUAAACCACACGGCUGUUUUUGCGUCUUUAACUCCAUUGAGUCGCUAAACUCCAUUGGAGAUUGCAUAGGCCGAAUCAGAGCCGAGCUAAUGCAGAGUCGAAGAGAGAAAUUUGCUCCUCCUCUGACUUUUAUCCUCAUUCUCGCCAAUCAGAGGGACAGUGUUUGCAAAAACAUACCUAUUCUUAGGCACCAGGGUCAACAGCUGGCCAACAAGCUGCAGUGCACCUUUGUUGACAUCCCUUCUGGAGCGUUCCCUCGGAAAUUCACUGAAUUCCAAAUCAAGCAGGGUCUGAGAGCGGUGUUGGAGGGGCUCAAACAUAAUGUUGACGUCUUUGCUCCACUGCCCUGUAUAAAAGACAUGGCAGAAACAGACCUCAGGAUAGUCAUGUGCGCCAUGUGCUGGGAUCCCUUCAGCGUUGAUCUUAUCCUUUCACCUUUCCUCGACUCUCACUGCUGCAGUGCAGGUCCGCCAGGUCAGAGCAACACCCUGAUACUGGACAAGAUCAUUGGAGACAGUCGGAGGAGGAUCCAAGUCACUGUGCUCUCCUACCACUCUGCUAUAGGGGUCCGUAAAGACGAGCUGGUUCAUGGCUACAUUCUGGUUUACUCUGCCAAACGGAAAGCCUCCAUGGCAACUCUGCGGGCCUUCCUGGCUGAAGUCCACGAUGUGAUCCCUGUCCAGAUGGUGGCAAUUACAGACAGCCAGGCAGAUUUUUUUGAGAACGAUUCCAUCAAAGAGCUGAUGACAGAGGGGGAGCACAUUGCCACAGAGAUCACCGCCAAGUUUACAGCCCUUUACUCGCUGUCCCACUAUCACCGGCAGACAGAGGUGUUCACGCCCUUCUUUAACGAAGUACUGGAGAAGAAACUGAGCAUAGAGAGUUCAUUUCUGUUUGACAAUUCAUCACGGGAGUGCACCACUGGAGCCAGCGAGGAGGUCUUCCCCACAUCACCACACAGCCGCUCCCCCGCUUACAACAGUUACUACCCAGAAUCAGACGAAGACAAUGAGGCCCCCCCGCCUUACAGUCCAAUCGGUGAUGAUGUUCAGCUUCUCCCUACGCCCAGCGAUAGAGCCAAGUACCGAAUUGACCUAGAAGGGAAUGAAUACCAAGUUCACAGCACACCAGUUGGAGACUAUGAACGUAACCACAAAGUGCCUCCACCUGUUCGGCCCAAACCAGUUCUCCCUAAGCCUAGUGUGAAGAAGUUGGACCCAAACUUGCUGAAAACCAUUGAGGCUGGCAUGCGGAGCAACCGCAGGCCACAGCGUGGUCCAGUCACGCACACCGAGGAUGUGGAAGCAUCAGACAACUAUGCAGAUCCUGUGGAUACCCUGCUGAAGUCCAGAGGAAUCCACAGUGACGACAUUUAUGCAGUGCCUGAGGAUGCACACAGCCGUCUGGUCAAAAUUAAACACUCCUUUGGGCUGCAUGGCCUCCAGGGAGAGGAAGAGAAUGGAUUUGAUCGGAGGUCUCAGGCUGGCAGGAAGCCAUCCAAAUACAAGCAUCGUUCUAAAAUUCUGUUCAGUAAGACAAAGGCCUACCAAAGUAGAUUCCAGUCGGACAGCGAUGGGGAGGAGUCGUGUCCUGCCAGUCAGAAAAAGAAAAAGGGAAGAACCCACAGAGGCAGUGAAGAAGACCCGUUACUCUCCCCAGCUGACCCCUGGAAAGGCGGGAUAGACAACCCUGCCAUCACCUCUGACCCUGAACAAGAGGAGAAGAAGAUGAAAAAGAAGAAGGCCCCUAAGACACCAAAGGAGCAGAAAAAGCACAAAUCGUCCAAACCCCCUAAGCCUCUGUACCCACCCACCCGGAGAACAUGGGAAAGUAACUACUUUGGUGUUCCGCUGCAGAAUGUGGUGACCCCGGAGCAUCCCAUCCCUCUCUUCAUUGAGAAAUGUGUGGACUAUAUUGAACGCACGGGUCUGACCACUGAGGGUUUGUACCGAGUCAGCGGGAACAAAACAGACCAGGACAACAUUCAGAAACAGUUCGAUCAAGACCACCACAUCGACUUCGUGGCCAUGGACGUGGCUGUGAAUGCUGUUGCUGGAGCUCUGAAGGCCUUCUUCGCUGACCUGCCCGACCCGCUCAUCCCCUACCGCCUGCACCCUGAGCUGGUGGAGGCCGCAAAAAUGAUGGACUACACCGAGCGUCUUCAGGAGUUACAAGAGAUCGUGAAGAAGUUUCCUCCUGUCAACUACCAGGUCUUCAAGUACAUCAUCACACACCUGAACAGGGUGAACCAGCACAGCAAGACCACCCUGAUGACGGCGGAGAACCUGUCCAUCUGUUUCUGGCCCACGCUGAUGCGGCCCGACUUUGAGAACAAGGACACGCUGUCCACCACCAAGCUGAACCAGUCCGUCAUCGAGACCUUCAUCCUGCAGAGCGACUUCUUCUUCCACGGUGGCGAGAUGGCGGAGAGCUCCAGCAGCGAGGGCACGCCGCCGCCACGCUGCCACAACAUGGUGGAGGCGCUGCUGCCGCUGCAGCUUCCCCCGCCGCUGCAGCCGCAGCAGAUUCAACACGCCCUGCCUCCCGACCCGCUCAUGUGAAGCUCAAGAGCCCCCCCGGAGCUACACCUCAACUUCCAGCUCCUGAACAGUCGCCAUGAGGGCUGGAUGGGCUGUCCGGCCCAGAAACACCCUAACUUUCGUCCGCUCCUGAGCGCCCUCUAGAGGAACUGUUUAAUCUGCCAGGCAAUCCUGGAUUACAGGAUUACAUUUGCACGCCACAUUUUGGAUCCCAUGUUUGGGUCUUCAACACUAACCAUGCAGCAGGGUCCCCUGAGGGGCCCCCACCAUCACUCCCCGUUCUCCUCCAGAGGAAAGGGAGAUGUCCGAAGCGCUGGGGUGGUCUUUGUAGAGACUUCCUGCUGUGGCUGUCUUCGUGAAAACCUCCUUCUGAAGCGGUCUUCACAGAGACCUCCUGCUGCAACAGUCUUCGUGAAGACCUCCUGCUGCUGCGGUCUUUGUGAAGACCUCGUCCUGCGGUGGUCUUCAUGCAGACUUCCUGCUGUGGUGGUCUUCAUGCAGACCUACUGGGGCGGUGGUGGUCCUUCAUGCAGACUUCCUGCUGCGGUGGUCUUAUUGCAGACUUCCUGCUGUGGGGGUCUUCAUGCAGACCUCCUGGGGUGGUGGUCUUCAUGCAGACUUCCUGGGGCGGUGGUCUUCAUGCAGACUUCCUAGUGCUGUGGUCUUCAUGCAGACUUCCUAGUGCUGUGGUCUUCAUGCAGACUUCCUGCAGUGGUGGUCUUCAUGCAGACUUCCUGGGGUGGUGGUCUUCGUAGAGACGUCUUGAGUCUUCCUGCAGAUGAAAGCACAGGAAUCCUGUUUGGACCCGAGCUCGGAUCAGAUCUGGGAAAUGAGGGAAUCUGAGGACAGUCGUGGGUUGAACUGUGCUUGAACACUAAAUGACCUUUGCCACUACAUGACCUCGAACAGUGAAAGGACUGCACGUGCACACUCGGCUCACACGUGCACACUGGGGUCACAGGUCCUCAUGCCAAUUUCACCUCUGUUUAAGUUUCAUCACCACUUUCUUUUUGAUAUAUAUUUUUUGUAAUGUGAUUUCUAACCAGCUGGUGUGCGUGUGCAUGCGUGUAGAUGUGUGUGUGUGUGUGCGUGUGUGUGCGUGUGUGUGUGUCUGUGGGAGCUGACCUGUGGUGUUUAUCACAGCCUUCUCUGCAGAGGGGGGGUCGGGGGUCCAGAAGGGAAAACUAAACUACGGAGGAUUUCCAGACUCACCUUUCUCCCAGAGAAUCAGGCAAAAACAGAUUUUUGUCCCCCCCCACCCCCCAUCCAUGAGCAAGGAGAACGUGACUUUAUAGUGGGGGGGAGGUGCUCCUCCAUCAUGGAGUCUGAAGCCACUUCCUGCUUUUCCACUUUCACUUCCUGUUUUCUGUUGUUUGUUGAUAAAAGUGCAUGUUCCUGUUUUUGCCGCCUAGUGGAGAAAUAACUUUAUAGAAAAUAAAACUCUAGGGGGGGUGGGGGGGUAUUUUCACAGCUGUUUUCAUCGUGAGAGAAAUCAACUCUUGCUAUCAUAUUUUCUGUUACCUGUUGAAUAGUUUUCCCUAAAUAGAGAAAAAGUAUAUAUAAGAAAAUAUAUAUAAAUGAGAAUAUCACUUUAUCAUCAGUAGAAGUAUUGAUUUAGGUAACUGAUGGGGAGGGGGGGGGGGUACUGUGGUUCCCAUGUAGACAUCAUUUUUCUGAAUGUGUGUGUGUGGGGGGGUGCUCAGAGCUCAUCUGUGUUUGAUGAGGUUUCCUCCCUCCAUGAAUCUCAUGGUUUCUGUCCAUCUGGAUGAAGAUCUGCACCUCCUUUCAGGAAAACGUCGUCCUGGGUCGUCCUUUGUGGUACUGAACAUUUCAUAGUGAAAACGCGUCCAUCCACCAAAAUACGAAUGCAAAAUUCUGACCAAGCUGCAGACGAUUUUCCGUCUUUCAUAUGGUUUCAGAGUUUGUCCAUCCUCAUCUUCAAAAAGUGUUUGUAGUUCCUUCUUCCUCCUGCUUUUGUGUUGUGUCUCCGGCUGUCAGGGGCAGUUUCUUUGAUCCAGAUGGACAGAAACGUUUUGGUAAAAAAGUCAGAAAACGUUUUUGAAGGAGGUGAUAAAGGUACUGAACUAAAGUCUAACACAUUAAAACACUCGUUCCUGUGCGGAAGCUUCCCUCGCCGUCAGGUUUCCUCCAGAAGCUCUGACCUUUUCCGGAUCACGCAGAUCUCUGCAGCGACUUCUCACCUUUCGUUUGUCAUUAACCCCUGACGUCUGUCAGUCCUUUUUGAUGAUCCAGAAUGAUCUACGGUGUGUGAAUGUGAGGCAGCAUGAGUUCCUUUGUAUAGUUUUCUGUUUCAGUUUGACGUGAGGCGGUCGGGUACUGUGAGGUUCACCCUCUUCUUCACCUAAAGGAAGCAGGUAGCCGUUCAGCUGCUUCUGAUGCAGGAACGUUCACAAAGGAUUUCCUUCAGACAAAGUAGAGAAAGUCACACAGGAACUGUUCAAUAGGUUGUGUUGAGAUGUGAGAAGAGGAGGUGAAGGUAACUAGACUGUUAACUGUGGGAGCUGAGGCUGCAGGUGAUGAAGAGGGAACAUCUUCCUCACUGUGGUCAGAGUUGAGCAGCUGCUGAUCCGGAUUGUAGUCCUCCAUCCGUCAGUCGGCUGCAGUUUCCUGCUGUGUGGAUCUGCUCCCAUCAGGCUCUCCAGUGUACAAACCAACUGACUUUUAACAUCAGCUCUGUACUAUAGUAAAUACAAAUGAUUUUCUGAAAUAAAAACAGCCUCUAUAACAACCUC